AUGCAGGCCUCGCUGAAGACUAUUAAAUCUGUGGAUGGCAGAGCAGCAAAGAUUGCUGAGAACAUGCAAAAGGAAGUGACAGAUAAGAGAUCGGUCAUUGACACUUUGCAAUCAGAAUUAUCAAAGACUCUUGAUAAGCUCACAGAAUUGGAAAGAGAAAAUAAAAAUUUGAAGUCAGAGGUUGAAAUAUCGACAGAAAAAUAUGAUGAAAUGGAGAACACACGGCAAAAAUUAGAAACAGAUUUGAAGCAAUCGAAGAAAACUGAAAAAGGAUACAAACUUGCUGUUGAAAGGCUUGAAAACGGUCUUGAGAAAGCAGCGAUAAGAAAUUCAGCUGCUCAGGCAACUAUUGCGCAACAAGAGAAGGAUAUUGCGCAAUUACAUAUUCAACAUAAUUUACAAAUGAUGAACAAGAGGCCUGGAACCCAGAUCCAAGCACCUGACCAACCUUCUACAAUAAAUACAUUAUAUCAGCCGUCUAUUGCGCAACCCGGUACAAAUGUUGCGCAAUCUAUGCUGGCCAGACUCAUUAUGAAUAUGACAUCACAACCAGCAAUGAAUGAUGUCACAAACCAGAUGGGGAAUCCUACAAAAGUACCAAAUAAAGGUGCUGAAAACAUCCCCCGUAACUCAGAAAUGCCUGCUAGCAAUGAUGCUAUAACUUCUGACAUGUUUAAGGUCCUUUCUGAAGUUAAAGAACAUCUCGCGAAAUUAGAGAAAUCACCAGUUAGGAAAAGAUCGCCAGUGAAAAAGAAAACAAGAAAAUCUAAGGAUUUGGAAGAGAGACUCAUUGAGUUUGAUUCAGAAAGUUCUGAGCUACCAGUGGUUACAAUGGCAUCAGAAAUGAGCUCAAUGGGAUCCCUGUCUCUACUCCAAUCUGCAACUAUGGGCUCUACUAUGAAAGAUUCUCUCACUACAUCUCCAUAUAAACCGGAUGAAACACACACCAGUGGUGGUGCCAUUGAGCGACAUCCUUCACCUGUUAGCGAGCUCCUCAGACCACCCGAUAGGAGACUGAAACGAGAAUUGUUUUCUCCGCAAAGAAAAUCACCAAAAAAGGUCCUUCAUGACAACACAGACUCAAACUCUGGGACAAGUGAUAAUUCCAGUGAUAUACCAGCUUCCAACACGGCAGCAUUGAAGAAUGCAAUCACAAACACGGCGGAAGAUUUAUGUCGACAAUUGCAAGACAGACUGGAAGGUUUGAGCAAAAUGGGGGGAAAGCUCAAACAACAGAAUAAAAUGACUGAAAGAAUGAUAAAAAAACAAGAUGAAAAGAUCCAAAAAGUUCGUGGAGGAAUGAAAUUUAGAUGAGAAGUUCAAGUGUCUACCCCAGGAGUGUGCUACAGGCGGCCCGCAGGCCCCAACCUGACCCGCUAAACAAUUAAAUGUGGUCCUUGUCAACACUCAGAGGAUUUACCUAUCAAGCAUAAAACCGACAGUUUAAGUUUAAAAAGGUGUGAAUGAGUGAAAAUAUAUAAUGAUCUUUGUUCUUGUCGAUACUUUAAAUUUUUUACCAUUUUGCCCAGCGCUUUUAUUAUUGGAAGGCUAAGCGAUAUCCUCAUUCUAUUCUCUUGCCUUCCUGUGGUGUUCUGGUUGUCGCUAAAUUUUUAAUUUGUAUGGUAUAGAAUUUAAAUUCUAUACUGUACAUGGACUGAUACCAGAAAAGAAGUGGCGUUGAUAACGUCUCAAGUCAUCCAGAAUGUUUAACUCAGUGAUUCAAUCUUUUUCAUAUACAUUGUGAAGCAAAAUACUCUAUUUCCCCUGUUCAAUCUUUAAAAGAUAAUCAGCAAGAGACACUCGCAAUUCACACUCGAGAUUUGGUACAGUUUGAAUAAAUUUAUAAUGUGUGCAUAAAUAAAUAAUAUAAUAAUACUGAAUAAGUCAGAAAUGAAAGUAAUACUGCACUCAAACAAAAGCAAUAUUUCUUCCUCAAAAUAAAUAUAAAUCUUUUCCAGGAAGGUUGAGACAAGCUUAUCUAGGACGUUCAAAUGAUUGUAAUUUCUAUUUUAACCUGGGCUAUUGGCUUACCCAAUUUCCAACCUGUACUAAUGACUGGGCGAAAAGCAUGGUACUGUUUUAACAUAUUCAACUUUUUAUUUCAUAUUCGUUGUGUGCCAUUCUGUAAUAAAGACGUUUUUUAUUAAUGUACAGGAGACUUGUUAUAUAUUAUUGGGUACUCCUGAAGUAUGCGCACCAAGAUGUCGCAUAACCUGAAUCCUAACCUGGUACACAACCUGAGUUCAGGUUGUGCGCCAUCUUGUUGCGCAUACUUCAGAAGGUCCUUUCAUUGUAAUACUCUAUAUCAGGGCCAGCCUUAGGCCCAUGCAACCUAUUUAGCCAUGUGGCUGGCCCACUUCCAUCGGCCAGGUGCUAAUUUUUUGUUGUUAAUUCCUAUUAAAUAAAACGAUUAUGAUUUAUAACCAUGUAUAGGUCGGUUUCAACUAGUCUCUGCACAAACAGCCACUGUUAGGUAAGGAGUAACUUACUAUAGGUUGGAAGGACCGGUGGCUUCCCAAGAUGGAUGGAUCCAAUUCUUUAUUAAGCUUUUGUUGAAUCCUCUUUCAAGUGUCUU